AUGACUUCCCGACCACGGCGUGCAGCCGCCCAGAGGGCAAACACCGCAAUUACUGACAUGGUUGAUAGCGACAAUCACAUCAAUAGUCGUACGGGCAGAACCAUGUCCUCCAGGACUUCUCGCCGAUCCGAGGGUAAGAGCGUCGCAGCAACCGUCUCGCGCGGCCCUCCCUCAUCACCCUCAGACUCUAACCAACAUAUCCAUUUCACAGUUAAGCUUCCGGCCAGCAAACUCCGCCAAGCCACCACUAGCCGUUCCGGUCAGUCCAGUCGACAGCAAACCUCUGCCCCCGGAAUUGUAGAAGGAAAGAGAAAUCGCUUUCAAAAGAAGAGUUACGUCGUUGAUAGUAGCGACGACGACGAUGAAGAUGCCGAGGAUGAAGUCCAAGUAGACGAAGAGGAAGAAGAUGACGACGAUGACGACGACGCUGAAGGAGAAGAUGAUGAUAUGGAAGAUGCCGAGGGUGAGAUAAUCGUCGACGACACUAUGGAUAUCGACGCAGAAGGGGACGACGAUGAAAUUGGCGAAGAAGAUGCUGAAGGCGAGGAUGAUGACAUGGAUGUCGAUAAUAUCCCACCCCCUGCACCCAUGAUCAAAGUCUCAAAGCCUUCAGCUAAGAACACACCUUCUAGCAAGCUUAAGGCGCCCGCUAAGUCCAGUAUGAAGGCUUCUACCACGCAAGCUAAAGACAGCGAUGAUGAGGAACUCAGCGAACUAGAAAGUGAAGCCGACGAGAUCCAAGACACCGUUAAAGUCGGAGGAGGCGACGACGAGGACGCCGAAGGCGAGGAUGAGGAGAUUGAAGCAGCUAAUCCCGCUGAUGACGAUGACCUUGGCAGUGAUGGUGACCCCGAAAGCCGAGCUGAGACCCCUGAUCUCACACGAAUGACCAAACGACAACGUGCUCGUUUUGAGGAGAAUGGAGAUGCGUUGAUGAAGCUAUCCGAUGAGGUCCAAGCAAAGAAGCAUUUCACAGCUGAGGAACUCUCUAUGCGUCGUGCUGAGAUGGCUCGUCGACGACGCAACUUAAGCGAGAAGCGCAACGAAGAGGUCAAGAUGGAGACAAUCAAUAAGCUUCUGAAGAAGCAAGCUCCUAAGACCAAAGGCAAAGGUCAACUUGCCGGAGACCAGACUCCUGAUGUCGACGCUAACAAACCCAACCCCGUGUUUGUCAGAUGGAUUAGCAGCAAGGAAGGUAGCCGGGUAGGCGUCCCUGAUGAGAUGCUUGCAGGUCCAGCAGGUAAGACAUUCAUUCCGGGUGGUCUCGGAAGCGGGAAGAUGGUGGAGGAAGUUUCGUAG